CAGCUGAUCAUUUACCACUUACAGUAGUGACCAGCAGCUACUUGUCACAUUUAAGCUAGCACUCUGCGGAAUUGUUCGACGUUGUAGUACUGGAAAGAGAGUUCCCACUCCCAAACAUGGCUGACACAAACCAACAAAACCUGCCUCCCCAACCUGGGCCUGUGCAAUUUUUAAUGAGCAACAAGCUGGAAACUGCAAUGUGGCUUUCACGUCUCUUUACUGUCUACUGCUCUGUUAUGUUUAUUCUACCAAUCUUGGGGCCAUAUGCAGCAGCUAACUUCUAUCAAAGAGCCUUGUUAGCAAAUGCCCUCACCAGUGCACUUCGGUUACACCAGAGGCUUCCACGAUUUCAGCUAAGCAGAGCUUUUCUGGCUCAGGCUUUGCAGGAGGACAGCUGCCAUUACUUGCUCUACUCACUCAUCCUAGUCAAUUCUUACCCCAUCACAAUGAGCAUCUUCCCAGUUUUCCUGUUUUCUUUGCUUCAUGCAACUACCUACACAAAGAAAGUCCUUGAUUCUAUGGGGCCCACCAGCCUGAUGUUUAUCAGAAACCUGCUGGACAAACUAACAACCAAUCAGCAGAACAUCCUGAAGUUUAUCGCCUGUAAUGAGAUCUUCUUAAUGCCUGCUACCGUUUUUAUGCUCUUCAGUGGCCAGGGAAGCUUGUUGCUGCCUUUUAUUUACUACAGAUUCCUCACCCUCCGCUACACAUCCAGAAGAAAUCCAUACUGUCGCACCUUGUUCACAGAACUGCGAAUUCUUCUGGAGCACUUCAUCAUGAAGCCUGCCUGUCCCGCCUUUUUCAGGAGAAUGUGCCUCAGCAGUAUCGCCUUUGUCAGCCGCCUCGCUCCCACGGGAGUCUGAUUUUUUUUUUUUUUUUUUCCCCCCCAAGCCAUGUAAUAUGUGACUUAAACUUUGAUGGGGACAGGCAUUGCCAUCAAUGGAAGAAACUUUGUUUUGAAUGUCAACUUUGCAGUCUGACCUCCAUAUUUUCUGUAAAUUUGGGUACAGUUGAAGAGGAUCCAGUAAUGCACUGAAGUGUCUUAGUGAUAUUUCUUUUUCCAUGUUCUUAGUGUGACCUCAUUCAAGCACUGGAGACCCUCCCAUUUUAUGUUCCCUGAACAUAUUACAGUUGACAUCAGUGGUGUUUUCUGUAUCAGCUGGUUUCAUUUUUUCUUUUCAUGUCAUUAUUUAUUCAUGAAAUUGUUUAUUCUGUGAUUACAUGUUAACAUUCUGCGAUUAGUAACUUAAUGAAAAAGUGAUUCUGCAUAAUUGAAAUGGCCCAUUUGAUUAAUAUUCAUGUACAUUUAAUUUUCCAUCUUAUUUCUUUUGUGCAAAGUAUCUGUUAUAAUUUGUCUUAAUGCCUGACUAUAGAUGUUUUUUUUUAUCUAUUCCAACUACCGACUCUUAACAGCAUACUAAAUUAUGUAGCUACGCUGUCAGUAUGGGUGUUAAGCUGAGAAAAAUAUCUACUGUGUUACCAAACAUUUUAUUGUAGGAUUUAUGUUAAUUUACACAGUGCAUGUUGACUUUUUAAUGCCUCCUGACCUUGUUUGAUGACAAAUCAAUGUUUCUAUAGUUUUCAAGCUUAAUGCCUGCUUUUAAAUUCCAUCACGUUUUAAUGUGCUUAUUUGCCCACAGACUUCACAUUUCUAUUAUGAAAAUAAAGUUAUUGCUUCGA